GACUUUGGGGCAAACUUAUUGUACCCUGUUCAGGGUAUAAAAAAACAAGAAUUUGUGUAGGUUUAAUAACGGUAGUGGGGGGUACGCUCUAAUCAAUAAGUUGUAUCUUCUAAAUCACAAGUUAACUGGCGACAACACAACCUACUGACAACGGUAGCAAAACGCCCACUUACUACGCCCAACUACAGGAAAAUGCUUGCAUAUAAAAUAUAAAAGGGCACAAUACUGAAAUUUUCAGUAUAAACGCACCAGAACCAGAGAAGUUUUAGUCGAGAAAUAAUAAAAAAUUAUACCGGAUCCUUAAAACUUGUAAAAGCAUAAUGCUAAAAUUUAGCACUGUAUUUUAUCUUGCUCUCAAGGAGACAAUAAUUGAAUAUUUGAAAAAUACCAGCCUUAGCGGAUUUCAUUUGUUACACUAUAUAAAUGGCGAAAAAUAUCAACGAAUUUUUUGGUCUUUCUUUCUGUUGACCGGUAUCAUCAGCGCAACAUAUGUAACGUGGCUAAACGUAGAAAACAUAUUGGAGAACCCGAUUGUGACCACCUUGGAAUCUAAUCAUCAUAGAAUUGAGAAAGUGCCAUAUGCGGCAGUGGCCGUUUGCAGUAUCAACAAAUUUAGCCGAAGCGCUGUAAACGCUUUUGUAGAAGAAAUGGUCAACAAAUCCGGUUCGCAAUUCUCACAACAACAGUUGUUGCAGAAAAUGAAAUUAUUCGGCGGCUUAUUUGAUACUGGUUCUGUGGAUUUCGAAGAAGCUGCGGCCUUUCAAAGGGAUUUUUUAGACAAAUAUAACAUCAGUAUUAAGGAAACUUUACAAAAGCUAGCGCCUCGGUGUGAGGAUCUAAUAAUAAAGUGUCGUUGGGCAGGAAAACUUCGAGACUGCAGUGAACUUUUCCAAAACAGUUUAACAGCGAAUGGAUACUGCUGCAUAUACAAUCAAAUUGACGAUGUAAGAGAUAUAAGUAAACUCAAGUACGUAGAAGGUGUCGGUAUUCAAAACGGACUCACUUUACUUUUAAAUACGUCCAAAGCCGAUCUUUUUUUAAAGGAUCGCAGCUUUAACGGUUUGAUAACGCAAAUAUUCAGUUCUGGCCAAUUCCCCGACAAUUCAAUUGGCGGUCCUCUUCAGGAAAUCUUUAUACCACAGUCUACUGCCAUUGAUAUACAAUUGAGUGUGACGGUGCAAAGAGCGACAAGUGAAAUGAGAUUCUACAAUAUUGAACAAAGAAAGUGUUAUCUCUUUGGCGAAAAUGUCCACGGAGGUGAAGACCAAUAUAGUACAGACAAAUGUAUGUCACUUUGUAAAGUUGCUGGUAUGUUACGGUUUUGUGAUUGUGUGCCAUAUUACAUACCUUUGAUUCUUAAUGCAUACAAUGGUACAACCUGUACACUGGCACAUUUGGAAUGCUUGCAUCGGAAUCGAGUUACCUUAAAUACGUACAGUCUCAUCGACAGUGGCAAACAAGGCGCUCUGAAAAAUCGUUCACUUCAAUGUUCACAAUGUUUGCCACUGUGUAAUUUUUAUGAUUACGGCACGCGACAUCAAACGAUAUUAUUAAAGAAAGCGUAUCUACUAACAGAAAAUCAAGAAUUUCUCAAAUUAAUUGGUAGGCAAGAAAGUGACGGCAAAUCUAAUUACACGUAUGAGUCGUUAGUCACUUUGAUAAAACAGACGGAUGAUCUGAGCAUUGUGAGAAUCUAUUUUGAUUCCACGUACGCCAUACUAUUCGCAAAACGCUCACUCUACAAUUGGUUGGAAAUAUUAUCAAAUAUUGGUGGAGUCAUUGGCAUUUUUGUGGGCUGCUCACUUAUUAGUGCAUUUGAGCUUAUCUACUUUUUCAUCGUAAGAUUGACACAUAACAUCCGAAAAUAUUACUGAAUUAUAAAAAAGUUAAUCGAUA